AUGAGUGGCGAACGCCUUGUCCUUCUUCGUGAUGGAUGGAGGGUUGUUGAGCUAGCGCAGUGUGGACUUGCGCCAUCCCAGCGCUUUACCUUCUACGACCACGUCCACACAACCGGCAUGGACAUCAAACAGCCGCCUGCAGGGCGAGCUGUUCUUACCAUGAGCAAGGAUACUACACUGCGAGAUUUUGCUCAGGGUGCAUAUCGCAUGCGCGGCCUGGGUGCUGGACAGCAGAUCUCCGUGCUGGUGACUCCCGAAGUCUCCACGCUUGUGCACCAAUGUCGCAAGGCCUGUACGGCCUCUAGGCUUGCUAGCGGCCGUAUUUCCGUGACGCUGGAGAAUUUUCUAACCCCAAGUUCGCCAACAAGCCCCACUCGCCAGAAAGAGGCGGACCCGGUGGUCCACGUUCUUGUCUGGGCCACUGCCAAUGGCAUCCGCCAGGAGUGCAGGAAGCAGCGGCUGCUCUGCCAGCAGAACUUCCGCGAUGUUUGGAAGCGCAAAGCCCGAUUAAAGCUGGAGAACGUGGCCGCGGCUGUUUUCGAUCCGAAAGACAAGAGCGCCGUUGAUAGCUUGCGCGCGGUUUCCACACAGGCAGCCCUUGAGGACCUCCGAAGCCGACCGGAAUUCUUCGGCCUGCCCCCAAAAUUGGAGAUCCAGGUGCAGGGGAAGGAGCCGAGCCUGCAGGAGAAGUUGCAGCUGGAGAUUUCCAAGCGAAAACUAAGUCCCUCAGAGCGUGCAGAAGCCGAUGCAGUGCUUGCCGAGUGCUGGCCACCGGAAUGCGAGAUUGAUUUCCUGGAAGAGCCCAAGAAUGACGCAAUGGAAGGAGAGCAAGUCCAGGAAGAAGAGCAAGAAGAAGAGCAGGAACAAGAGCAGGAACAAGAGCAAGAGGAAGAGCAAGAGAAGGAGCAGGAGCAGGAGGGCCUGCCCGAGGAGCCGGCGAAUGAGAAGUUUUCUCGGGCAGAUGAACGACAGCAACCUUGGAACCUCAGUAGCCUUGCCUGCCAGCCGAGCAGUCGAUCAAAAUCGGGAUCCUCCCCUCCCUUCUAUCCAAUCUCAGACUUUGCAGUUCAUCGGGGCAUGCUGGGAGGGGACUGCAACUUCCUGGAUGAGCUGCCGCCCUUCCUGAUGGUCAGUGACAACUAUUAUCGAAAGGCCUGGCGAAUGCAGUCAACUCGGCGCUUACGAAACAUCAUCUGCGUGUUGGAGUGGGUGCCAGACCGGCAGCAGCUUCAGCCCUUGGAAAUUCCAGGUCAACUCUCCGGCCAACAGACUGAGUGGCUGCGCCUGCUGUUUGAGCUUCAUCGCUUGGAUGGGGGCGAGAUAGCCAGUGACAAAGUGACCGGUGAAAACCUGACCGCGCUUUACAAAUCACUCGGGCUUUGGGGUGCAGCUUCGGAGGAGUCCUGCAGUUUCGAUGCCUUGCAACGCGGAGUGGCCACACAGUCCCUGUAUGGCUAUCAGCAAGGCCGUUUCUUCGUCGCACUGAGCCUUGAGGAGGCCCAGCACUUGCGGGCAGCCCUCCACCGUGGAGAGGUCCUGAACAAGGAGGUUUUCAAGAUCUCGUCGCCGCUUCUCAGCCUCCGCUGCCUGAGCCCCGGGGGUCCAAAGGACCCGGUGAAGGGCCAGAGAAGAGGCCUGGAGCGCCACUUCCUGUUGGCCGACUUCGGAAACGAAAGGACUACCGAGCACACCGAGCCACCCCGCUUCGACCUCGAGGUGGCCGAGCAUUGCUUCCACUUCGCCAACUGCGACCUGCUGCCGCGCUCGCAGCUCCCGAUCCUCCUCCGCGCGCUUCGCGCAGCAGAGCCCGAGAAGCGUCUGAGGUGGUGGCAAGACCUUCGGCGCUGCCGCCGGCGUACAAGGGAGUCAUGGCAAAGGCUGCCACUCAGCCCGGUGUUCCUGGAGAAGGACGAGUUCAAGGCCUUGGCCAGUGAAGCGCUGCUGCAGCGGCUGCGCCGAUCUUUGGCAGAACGACAGCUCUGGCCGGCGGACGUGUUCCAUUUGCUGGAUACGCACAGCUGCGGGAGCCUUGCACCGGCGGAUGUGGAGCGGGGUUUGGAGUGGAUGCUCGGCUUCCAGGGCUCAAACUCCCAGGCUCUGCAGAUUGCAACUCGCUUCCCAGCGCUGCUGACAGCGCUCUUCCGGGCCCUGGACGAAGACGGCGAUGGACGCAUCACCGUGGAGGAGUUCAAAGCAGCGCUGGAGCCCGACGAGCCUGCAGGGUGA